AUGCCCAAGAAGGCGGGCCCCUCCCUCCUCUGCGAGUGGAUGGUGGGAACAACCAUCAAAUCAGCUCUUGGUCCGCCUCCCAAACCACCGAAACCCAAAGCAAAGAGGCGCGACGUUAUCAGGCUUCACGUAACGACAGAUGAUGAAUCCGGCGAAGACACCCUCACAGUUACUUACCCUCGACCUGAGAGGCUAAGAGAAAAGAAGGAGACACCAACUGAAGUAUCCAAAACGCCAGAGCCCCAGCCUGAACCUGAAUCGGAGUCGGAACCUGAGGUGGUGGAAGUAGUCAAAAAAGUUCGGUUCGAGAAAGAGACAACCCCAAAGAAGUCUGCCCUGAAAAAGAAGACAUCAGUCACAUUCUGCGAGGAGGAAGAGACAAGUGCUGAUGCCACCUCUACCUCUGCUUCAUCUGGAGAGGCAACUCCCGAUGCCAGUUCCUCUAAUGCAACCAAACCGUCAAAGUCAACAAGGUCUCCCAAGAGCAAGAAGGUGGAGAAACGAGUCCAGAGUUCGGAUAGUGAGGCUGACUCUGAGCCUCAUCCAACAUGCGAAUGCAAAGAAUGCGCCUCGGGGAGAAAGAAGCAGAAGCAAGGAGUUACCUGCGAGAAGAAGAAGUGCAAAAAGAAGAAAGAGUCCGAGUCCGAGACCUCGGUAUCCGAAGCUGAGUCUUCGGUUGAAGAGAAGUCCACACCAUCCAAGAAGUCAAAGGAAAAGAAGAAGGAAAAAAAGAGAGCUGAGGUCUCCAGUGCUGAAGGAGAAACUUCGGAAUCAGCGAAGGAAACUGAAGGCGAAUCUGAGGCAGUAGUGAAGAAAACCCCCGAGAAGAAGAAGAAGAACCAGGAAAGUGACAAGACAGAAAAGGGUAUAAAGAAGACGAGCAGUCCAAAAGGUGAAGAGAAAAAGAAGUCUGCCGAAGAAAAGGAAGCAGAGGAGGUCAACUCCGAAAAAACACCAACAGGGAAAGGGAAGGAAAAAGAAGUUGAUGAUACUACUCCCAAGGCGAAGGAUACGGAUCAGAGGUUGCAUGUCUCAGACGGCUAUCACUACACGCACUCUCGUCCCCCAAAUCUCAUCGCCCCUAUCCGCGCAGAAGUCAUGCAAACGGAGCGCGUGGUUGAAACGCAAGAUGACCCUCCCCCGAAUGCAUACUAUGAUGGUCUACAUGGUGUCCUUCGCGUAUAUCAUGGAGCCGUGUAUGGGCAGAAUGGACAUCACAUGUUUGCUGCUCGAGAGAAUACUGCUGGCCCCCCACAUUCUUUUGGCAAUUCGAACCAGACGCAAAAUCCGUACUAUCAUGGCUACAACAACGUAAUGCCGAUGCCGUUACCCCAACAGCAGCUACCACCGCAUGGAUAUGAGCAUGUGCCGAUUACCCAAGGCUUGCCAAUACCAGGACUGCCUCCGAUGCCUGGGGCCUGGUACGAGCAGCAACUUAAUAGACAAGGAACUAAAGGUGCAUUCAACAUGUACAAUGGCAUGGGCGGUACACCUGAUAGAAAAGGAAAAAACAAGCCACGAGAACCAGAUAACAACGUGAUGCCGGAGGUGACAAAGCCAAACCCGUAUUAUACGAAAAGGCAAUCCCCCUUUAGCAACAUGGGUAGCAACCGAUCUGACGGUAAACCACCAUCUCACUCUGGCCAAUCCAACUGCUCCAAAAACGGCAACAGAGAUACGGGUCCCAACUGGGAUACCGUUUCGCGAAGGAGCGUCGGAGCAUGGGCGAACAGCAGUAACCAUGGGGCUACAUGGGGUGAUGGUGGCGGCGAUACGAACAACAACAACCAGGGAGGUGGUGAUCAAUGGGGCUCUGGCGGCGGUGGCGGCGAUACAUGGGGCACAACAAACAAUAAUAACGAUCAGUGGGACAGCAACAAUAAUAACAACAACACAGGGGUUGAUCCAUGGGGAACUGGUGGGAACGAUCAGAACAAUCAAGGGGGCUGGGGAACUACUGACAAUGGCAACAACGGCGGCAACACAUGGGGUGAUGGGAAUGGAAACGACAACCAGCAGACGAAUGAUAAUAAUGGCAAUGGCGAUGGCCAGGGACAAGGACAAAACUCUCCAGCAGGAAAUGAGCCCCCUGCCUCCAUGGAACAGUCCAAAAUGCCAGGAAGCUGGUGUUCGGAUGAUAAUGGACAAGCGGCGUUCGUGGACCCAACGUGGUCUUCAUAUCAACCUCCGCCUGCGGUGCCUGCUUGGGGAGAUCCAUCGAUGGCAGCGAAUACAGGAGGAGCGGUGGACUGGUGA